AUGGGCUUCAUAUCCACCCUGGAACGCUGCAUGCGAAAAGCCCUCUCUAAAAGACUCUCAACAACAAGCACCAAACUCCAUGAAGACUCAAACGAUCUAAUCAAAACAACCUCGGAAACAGCCUCUCUGACCACAAGCAUGGACUCCACCUCAACGAUGGUACACCACUCGUGGCACGAACCAGUCCUGCCAUGCGAGUCACCAAACCCUAUGCAGAUCAGGACAGAUAAUGGCAAUAUGCGGACCUUGUUCGAUGAUGAUACUACCUACCAGCCGACAGAUCGCGCUGUCAAGGCUCUGGCCAGACCCGCGUAUCCGAUUUUGAAAUUGGACUGUCGGUCGCCUAUCGAGGCGCCGAGGAGGGUACUUCAGGAGCCUUUGGGGAUGAGCAGGGAUGAAAGUAUGAGCAAAGCUACGGGUGCUGGUGGCUAUACGGAAAAAGGUGCUUUGGGUUCGUCUGCGACAACGGCCCAGAAUGGCUUUGAAGAGGAAUUUAUCGCUGGGAAGAAGGAUAAGAGGUCUAUGUCGGCUUUGCUGAAGAGGCAUUGUGGGUUGAAUAUCCCCCGUUCGUCGAUUUCGAUUAAGACGUCGUGCAGUACGCAGUCGCCGAAGGGGUUCGAUUCUGCUAGAUUUACGGAUGAGGAGGGGUUGGUGGAUAAGAGGAAUGAGAAGUGGGUGGACGUGAGUUUGAAUGAGAAGAAGAGGAAUAGUGUAUUGGGCGGUGUUGCGCUUGGGAGACUGUGGUAG